AUGACAUCAUCCUCAACGGAACCUACAACACAUUCACUUGUAUCAAUUCAAGGUAUGACUUGUGGUGCAUGUUCUGCAAGUAUCACCGAAGCAUUGGAAAAACAAGAUGGUAUUCAGAAGGCAUCGAUUUCAUUAGUCACGGAAGAUGGAUUGAUUACGCAUUCAAUAGACUAUGAUCCACAGAAUAUAGUCACUGUCAUUGAAGACUGUGGAUUCGAUGCCCAGUUACAAAGAAAAUCGAUUCUUAAACCCAGCCCAGCCACACAAUCGGAUUUGAAGCAAACUGUACUCGGAAUAGUAGGGAUGACCUGUGGUGCAUGUUCUGCAAGUAUCACCGAAGCAUUGGAGAAUAUCACUGGUGUGUCGUAUGUUUCCGUGUCGUUGAUUACUGAGGAAGCCUUGGUCAAGCAUGGCUCUGCAGUAACAUCGGAUCAAUUGAAAGAGGCAAUAGAAGAUUGUGGAUUUGAUGUAACCCAUGUACGAACAACUGAUGUAUCUGGGGAUAGUAAUGAUGGACGAAACGGAACUGGAACCGAAGGGACGGAAGAGGAUGAGGAAACGUGUUUGAAAAUUAUGGGACUACAUCCUGAUAUUGAUUUAGUAGGUUUCAAAUACAAUCUUGAAGCAUAUCUACAGAGUGUUCCGGGAAUAAAAUCGUUUGAUAUUUCCUUGCAGAGUCAAGAGGAGGGAGUUGCUGAGGACUUAACAGUACUGCCAAGGACAUCAAUUGAAGAUAUGGCUCUUGGUGUCGGCAACGAAUUAAUCAUAUCCUAUGAUCCAGCAUCCAUAGGUAUACGAGAUAUCGUCGAUGGUCUUGACACAUUGGAAAACGAAGUCACUUUCGUUGUUGUCAACUCAUUAGACCAGUCCUCUGCCACUCAACUCAAAUUAUUAUCCAAGAUAAAAGACAUCAAGUACUGGUCAAAUAUCGUUAUUCAAAGCCUAAUAUUUGGUAUUCCAAUAAUAAUUCUUGUCCAUACUGAAAGAACAAGUAUAUGGAAGAAUACAAUGUUGUUCCCUGGGUUGUUCCUAGUUACAUUACUUGAAACCGUUCUUGCUACUUAUGUCCAAUUUCGAUUGGGGGCAAAAUUCUUACGUAAAUUUACUUCAUUUGUCAGAAACAACUUUAAAGGUGCAUCAAUGGAUGUUUUGGUAUCAAUUUCAACCAUGGUGACGUAUAUUUUCUCCAUUGUGUCAAUUGUGAUAAGUGUAUGGCAGGGUAAUACAGAGAACCCACCAAAAGUUUUGUUUGACACCCUUGUAAUGUUGAUUACGUUUGUAUCAUUUGGUAAAUUAUUGGAAAACAAAGCCAAGGGGGCAACAUCCUCAGCAUUGUCAAGUUUGUUGUCUUUGACUCCUUCCACUUGUACAAUCAUCAACAAUCCAAGUCAAUAUUUGAAAGAGGGUGAAACGAAAGAAGAUCAACUUCAACAGGAUUAUCAAACCAGAACAAUUAGUAUUGAUUUGGUACAACCCAAUGACAUUGAAAUUGUAUUGCCUGGUGGUAAAGUCCCCGCCGAUGGAGUUAUUGUUUUCGGUGAAUCAGAAAUCGAUGAAAGUUUAAUCACUGGUGAACCAUUACCCAUCCACAAAAAAAAUGCAGAUUCAGUAAUUGGUGGGUCAAUCAAUGGACCUCAUUUAAUUCACAUUAGAGUCACCAAAACUGGCAGAAAAUCACAAUUGCAGCAAAUCAUCAAUUUAGUUAAAGACUCACAAGUGAACAAGGCACCAGUGCAAAGAUUUUCUGAUUAUGUUGCUGCUAGAUUUGUUCCGUCGGUUAUUAUGUUGGCAGUUGUGACAUUUACCGUAUGGGCAGUCAUUUGUUUUACAAUGCAUAUUGAUGGUUUGCCAAUGAUUUUCCGUCAAAAUGAAAAUGGUAAAUUUUUUGUUUGUUUACAAUUGGCAAUUUCAGUUAUUGUUGUUGCUUGUCCAUGUGCUUUGGGGUUGGCAGCACCAACUGCAGUUAUGGUGGGUACUGGUGUUGGAGCCUUGAAUGGUGUCUUGAUCAAGGGAGCAGAUAUCUUGGAAAAGACAACUUCGGUGAAUAUUAUCUUGUUCGACAAGACUGGUACAUUAACAACCGGAGAAAUGUCAAUAGUUAGAUCAAAACCAGUACUCGAUCAAGAUUUUUUCGAGCUUUCUGUUUCUGAUUGGUGGAAAUUGAUUGGUUCAGUGGAGUGUAACUCUGAACAUCCAGUCGGAAAAGCAUUGACAAAACUGGCUAGAUCCUAUUGUGGAUUAAGCUUUGAAGAUGAUUCAUUUGACACGCUGAUUAAAGCCGUCAAUAUAUUGCUUGGAGCUGGUAUUGAAGCAAAUGUAACCUUGGGAUCAGUAGAUUACAACGUCCAUGUUGGAAAUCACAACUUGGUAAAGGAGAAAUUCCCUCAAUUGUUGCAAGAAAUUGACAAUGAGGAUUUUAGCCCCAUAAAUACAGUAACCUUUGUGAUUAUUAAUGGAGCCUUCUCUGGAUUCAUUGAAUUAUCGGAUUCAUUAAAGGAAGGUUCACGUGAAGUUAUAAACUAUUUGAAGGAAUCUGAAGGUUACAUUAUUGGUAUGGUGACUGGAGACAAUAAAGGGGCUGCUUUGAAAAUUGGUAAAGAGGUUGGAAUUUCCGAACAAAACAUUUACUACGAAGUAUCCCCAAUACACAAGGACAAAGUUAUAUCAGAUUUAAAAUCCAAAUUCGGACCUAGUGCCAGUAUCGCAUUCAUUGGAGAUGGAAUCAAUGAUGCUCCAGCAUUAGCCAAAGCUGAUAUUGGAAUGGCUAUAAGUUCAGGAACCGACAUUGCCAUCGAAAGUGCUGACAUUGUCCUUAUUGGGGGUCAAAGACGUCAACAAACAGACUUGUAUGGAGUCAUCAAUGCCCUAAAAAUAUCAACCACUACAUUUCAAAGAAUUAAAAUGAAUUUUGUUUGGGCCGUCAUUUACAAUAUCUUUAUGUUACCUUUUGCAAUGGGAUGUUUCUUGCCUUUGAAUUUAAUGUUACCUCCUGUGGCUGCAAGUAUAGCCAUGAUGGUUAGUUCGCUAAGUGUGGUUAUGAAUUCCCUCUUGUUGAAAUUGUACAAAGCUCCCAAAAUUGAUCCGGUGGAUAAAUUUGAUUUGGAAAUGGCUGUGAAUGAAGAUGAUUUUGAUUUGAAGAAUGGAACUGCGCAAGAAUUUCAAGCUCAGAAAAGAGGAAAUAGUAAGUGGAGCUUGCGCUCACUCAAACUGUUGUUUACGAAAAGAAGAGCGAAUAGGAGGAAUGUUCAGGAUUAUCAAUUAGUUUCAGGAAGUUCGAGGGCGUGA